AUGGCUUGAUGAUGGAGGAUGACGGUUUAGAAAGGGUUGAGUGGAUGAUGGGGCAUUCAGCACGGGGCAGGGACAAGGGAUAUCUCGACAGGGAUGGAGCCUUUCACUUUACUUGUCUAAUAUUCUUUCGUCUUUCUUUUCUUUUUCCUCUUUGCUUCCUCCACUUGAACACACAGUCAGGCAGUCAGGUUACACUUUUGACUUUUACAGGCGGUUGUCACUGUCAGUUGCGGCGCAGGGAGGUGCCGGACCGUAAGGUAUCCCAAUCCCAACAUCUCUUGCUUGCAUAAGGGCAGUUUUAGUGAGGUGGAUGUGGACGUGGAUGUGGAGGGGGAGGGGCAUUUCUCUAGACACUUUUGUUUAGUGUCGAGUCUUUGCUUUUGCUUGUGCUUGUGCUUGUCGACAAAGAGGCAGUGCGGCCGUUGGACAGUCCACGUUUCAACGCUAUUAAAGACCCUUUUGCACUUCGAUCGUCAUACAACUGAGGUGAAUGACUCGCUACUCCGUAGAUGCGGUCAAAUAACUCCAAUAGUCGACUCCAUCAAUAACAGAACCAUCCUGUUUCAAGGGUCCCAUCCUUGAUCUUGGGACGUCGGGAUAAUGGAACGGAUUCCCCAACCCUCGACCUUUCAGCUGGGUCAAUAUGCACCAUGUUGCGCCUCUAAGCUGCAGAUGGCCUCGGCUUGAUCAAGAUAUGUCAUAUGGGGCCCGAGAGCCUCCAUGUCGGCUGCGCAGUGGCUGAUUAGACGUCCAUCGCAUAUUUCAGGGUUGACUCAACACCAGCAUCAGCAGCAAUCAUCUGCAGCUGCACGCGCAAACGCACAUACAUACAGACAGGUAUGCACCCGGGAGCUGGGGUACCUCUGCCGUAGCGUAUCCCUUAGAAACCGAGAUGGCACAGGCGACAUAUAAAAGUGGGGAAGGCCCCGGUAUUUAUUGGCUGUCGAUCGAUGCGCCACAGAUACCAGCCUCAAGGAGGCAUAGCAGUGAGGACAAAAGUCACGAUCUGCAAGCUGCAUUAUUAAAGGUACUUAUAUCUUAGUACUAAUAACUAGUAAGCUAAAGUACCUUAGAUACUGCAGAUUUGAUUGGUCUGACCUGAUGUAAUCAGGUAUCGUGUGCCAUCUCGGUUUCUAAGGGAUGUAGCUUUGCAGCGCGGGAUCUGGACGUCUGUAGGCCAGUCGCUGGCGCCAUGACAUCGCAUGGCAUGACGGAUAGUCGUGAUAGCCGCUGCCUAAGUCGAGCUCGUGCGUGGACCAAGAGCCCGGCUGGCAUUACAACCUGAGACACAUCAUGUACGUGCGUGUGUGUGCAGUGUGCAGUGCAGCGUGUCUUUAGUGGCAUGAAUUACGUGCCGGCCUACGGAGUAGAGGGAAAUAACUUGGAAAAAGAAAGGUUGAGACUACUAACACAGUCGGACAAGGAAAAAGAAAGCAGUGCGCCCCUAACUAGGUAGACCCGAAAAUGCAGUUCGACAGUGAGGACACCUGAAUUCUGAUAGCCUCUCACUGGAGAAAAUCAUUACGAUGCGCCGUUUUCUACAGAGUACGAGGAAACCCUUUUUACAGUGUCUGGUUAGGCGGCUCUAUCAUGGAAUGGUACAAGGCAACUGCUCUGGCAGGAUGGACCGUUAUAGUGGCCAGCCAGUAACUUUAGUGCUUUAGGUUCUUAUCCAUGAUAUUCCCGGCAGUCAGUAUCUCGGCCUCUCCCGCCCUCCCUAGCUUCCCUUACUAUUGGGUUGGGUAACGGGUUAUCACAUCCACCCUCACAUGAACAGCCGAUCCUACUCUGUUCUCAUAUUUUCUGUACGUCUUGUCGCGCGUAGAUCGAUUCUCUUUAGAAGUCCACGCCCCGAGUGCAGCCUCAACUGGAAACCCAUUCGAUAGGUUCAAUGAGGGGAGGCACCUACGGACGGAUACUUACACAAGCACUAGCGGCACGCUUCCGAAACAGCGCUAGACUAGUUCGGUCCGGAAUAUUUCCUGCCUCAAAAAAAUUGUCCUGCACUGACGAUCAAGUCAAGCAAACAACACGGCGGCACGACCCAAUCCUCCCACUCCCAGGACUAUCAAUCACACUGCACCCGAAUAGCCUAUUCUGCAUCCCCAGCUCCACCUAUACGAUACUAUUUCAGAACAAUCCACCGUAAUCACCGACAAUGAAGAGCAAGCGCGCAAGAGAGACCGCCGAAGUCGAUGAUAAGCCCAUUGCUUCUGUUGAUUCUGAGGCCCCAGCCAAGAAGCGCAAGCGCAACGAGGAUGAUGCUGCGGAUCUGAAGAAGGCUAAGAAGGAGAAGAGAGACAAGAAGUACAAGAAGGAAUCGCGCAAGGAGCGCAAAGACAAGCGCAAGAACCUCCAGGACCUCCCCGAGCAGGAUGAUGACGAAGAGGCGGCCGAGGACGCUUCAAUGGCUGAAGCUGAUGACAAGCCUGUGGAUGCGCCAGUAGAGGCAGAUAAGCCUGCGAAGAAGGACAAGAAGAAGAAGGACAAGAAGCUUAAAACUGACGAGUCACAACCAAAGGACGACGCCAACACCGAUUCCCAACCCAAGGAGGAAUCCAAGGAGGAGUCAAAGAAGAGCAAGAAGGACAAGAAGAAGCAAAACAAGACCUCCGAAACAACGACCACCAACGACGAGUCUGCUGCCGGCGCUGAUGCAGAGGCUGCUAAUGGCAAAGGUGACCGUCACAUUGUCUUCGUCGGCAACCUGCCCUUCACCGCCACUGCCGAAACAAUCAAAGCCCACUUUGCCUCUCUCAACCCAGUGUCUGUUCGCUGCAUGAGUGAUCCCAAGGAUAGCAAGCCCUGCCGUGGUUUUGCCUUUGUCGAGUUCGAGAAGGUCUGGCAUAUGCGAACAUGUCUCGACAAGUUCCACCACUCCGAGUUCUCAGAUGGUGUUUCUUAUCCACGCCGCAUAAAUGUCGAGUUGACUGCUGGUGGAGGUGGCAAGACAAAGCAGCGCCAGGACAAGAUCAAGGAGAAGAACCGCAAGCUCGACGAGAACCGCGCCAAGCGCAUUGAACGUGAGAGGAUGGCAAAGGAAGAGAACAAGGGUAAGGGUGACACUCGCAAAGCUGGAGAGGAUGGUAUUCAUCCAAGUCGACGCGCCCACAUUCCUGGCAACCGCUGGUAGAAACAGCUCAACAGGCCCCGAGUCAAGGGUGUGAAGCCUAAGAAGUAGGUUUGCGAGGGUCUCUAAAUAUGUUUUAAUGAUUGUACUGGGAUCGGAUACACAAAAGUUGAUUGUGCAUUUAUAUGAUAGGUAGUGAGAGAUACCCAAAGGAAGUCGAUCUUUGACCUCACGAACAAACGAUGAAUUAUAUUUCUAUAUCACUACUUCUUUUGACUGAUUCUGAGAUAUUUCUGCUUCAGGUGAA